UCCUCCUCCUCCUCCUCCUCCUCCCGCUACUAAGGUCUGAAUCUCGAAGACAACCGGAAAUCAACGCCUCAAUACACGUCUUGUCAUCUGAAUGGAUUCGAUAUCAUCGCCGCCGCUGCGUGAGGCAACGGUCGGUGCAGUUUCAGCACCACGACCUUGUCGUUUAUUUGCUCUUCUCAUCGGUGUUGAUCGAUAUGAAGACCCUUAUGGCCUGCACGGUGCCGUCAACGACGCAAAAUUGUUGGCAAAAUACUUCAAAGACACGUUCUCUGCGUGCAGUAUCGAAUUGCUGCUUGAUAGCGACGCAACGAAGGCACGAAUCACAAUGACUCUGGAUUCCUUCUUCAUGGAGAACGAUGACAUCGCCACGGGAGAUCUGAUGGUCCUCUACUUCGCGUGUAAUGGAAGUGAGGCUCAGAGUCGUGAAGGUCGCGACAUACUGGUGCCGAUGGUCUGUCCCUUUGAUUUUGUCGGCGCAAAUCCGGGCGCGACUGGCCUAUCGGUUCAGGAGCUGACGCGGUGGCUUGGGGCGUUAGCCAAGAAGCGCGGCAACAAUAUUGUGCUCAUAUUGGAUUGUUGUUAUACAAAAACAACAACGUCCAAGGGCGGAGCACGCGUACGCUGUAUUUUGCCACAUGCGAAUGCCGAGUCCCUUAACGAGCGCUACCGUGGUGGACUCGAGCUCGAAAUCGAUCCAACGUCCUCACAUGUAUUUCUGGGUGCUUGUCGUGCCACUGAGCAAGCAGAAGAGUGUGUGACUACGCUUCCGGGGUCACCUGCACAUGGAGCGUUUACGUUGUCCCUCAUCGACUUGCUGGUCGCGACCGGUGCUCAUACGACGUACAAGGCGCUAAUCUAUAAGAUUAGAGCGAUGAGCCCUGACCAGCAUCCCUGCUGCAUUGGCUUGCACAGGGACCGCUACGUUUGGGGGUCAGCAUGCCCGGAGUCCAGCAGCGAUGCUUUGUACGACGUACGAAAAGUCGACGCAGAAUUCUACGUCUCUUGUCGUCAUCUUCACGGCGUGGUGCUCGGAAGUGCCUUCGACAUCAUCUCCGAACACUCCCCCGAUAUACGCUAUGGCGAGGUUGUGGUCGUUGAUUUUCGAGCAGACCGAGAAGACGAAUUCUGCGUUUGCAAAGCACGACUGCAUGACUUCGCCAUCCCGCCGUCUGGCACAAUCGCACGACUACAAGCAGAGCAACAGUAUAAACCCAAGGUCUUUACCGCCGACCAGAUGGCUCCUAGGUUCCUCACCGGGCUACCUCUUGUCAGCAACACAAUCAUCGCACAGGGUACCUUGGCGGCAUCGGACAUCUCUGUAGCUCUCACGAGAUUUUCGAGAGUCAACAUCACGCGUCAUGACCCAUUCUUUCUGCGUUACGGAAAUACGGUAGUGACCGUCGAGUGGACCGACCCCGAAUCUAUGGCAAGCGUCCUCGGAGACAUUGCCAGAUUCACCUACUACCUAUACCUGGUACCCCAUCUUGCUCCCGAUUGGAAUGUGGAGGUGAAGCUACAGCGACAUUGCUACGCACCCGAAAUAAUGGGGCCAAGCGUGUGGAAGGUUUCAGAGCCAAAAAACUACUUCACAGGCCCAUGGGAGAUUGUCCAAGCAGGCGUUCCCAGUGUAACCCUCGCUGUCACGGAGGCUCGAUUCGAAUAUGGACCUGAUCUCUAUGCGGUGGAGAUCGAGAAUAGAUCAGCGGUGGAUCUGUAUUUAUGGGCAUACGUCUUCGAUCCCGAGGAGUAUUCGAUCAAGAAAUGUUACGAAGGGCCUGAAAGCGAGAAUGACGAUCCUCCUUUCCCUGGCCUACAGUCAUAUGACGGAGCACGAAGGCAGUUCCGGAGACAGGGUGUCCAUAACCCAGCCCUCGAGCCCAUUAUGCUUGGGAUCCAUGGUCGGAAUCGGCAGCAGACCUACUUUCUCAAAAUUUUCGCGGCAACUUGUCCAGCCGAUAUGAAGGGUAUCAAACAGGAAUCAAUUCAAUCAGUACAUAGGUGCUUUCCACCCGAUCGAACGCGCGGUGAAGACGCGAUCCCAUCGAACACGACUCGGCAUGCAGGAAGAUUUCCUAUUGCCGAUCAAUGGAAGUGUUGGCUGUAUGCGUUAACAGUGGAGAAGAAGAGACGGAUGCGUAGUGCUCAACCCCAAGAGAACCAUUCUUGAACGCCG